UCAUGCAUAUGCAACAAUCUCAUUUAGGCAACCCUAUUCCUUUUCCUAUCAGACAAACCAAAUUCCCUUUACAAAAUCACAGCUCAAUAAAACCAGAUAGAAUUAGUAAAGAUCGGAAAUAGUAUGAUAUUCUUACGUUACAACAUCACUAUCUUCCCCAAAAUUCCUUCCCUUUACUCGGUUACACUUCUUUCCUUUUAUAGAAAGUACAGAUAAUUGAAUAGAUACAAUGAACAUCUAUGAAUAUCAUAAGCUCAGCAGAAUUAUACAAUCACUUUGUGGAAUUUCAGUGAUGAAAUGGAUAAUAAACUGCAGGGGUCUAUAGGGACGAGUGCCAGUUUAGCUUUGAGACUAGGACAGGCUAUUUUCUCUGCCGCUUCACUCCUUUUCAUGUGUUUGAAUGUUUCUUACUACAGCUACAGCUACCCCCCCUUCUGCUUUCUGGUGGCAACCAUGAGUUUCGUAACACCAUGGAACUUGGGUUUGGCAGUGAUUGAUGCAUUUUCGCUGUUGGUCAAACGCUCAUCUCAUCAGCCCGGGAUAUUACCAUUUCUCAUUGGAGUAGAUUGGGUUCUUUCAUUUCUGUCACUGGCUACGGCGUGUUCCACAGCUAGUGCCACUGAUUACUUAAUUGCUUCUGGUGGUAGUCCAUAUUGCAAUGGGAAUAUGUGCAGACGAUAUCAACUCUCUGCUGCCAUGGCUUUCUUGUCUUGGAUUUUGUCAUUGGCGUCUUUUCUCUUCAAUCUUUGGCUUCUUCUUCCUACCGUAUAUUUGUUGCAUCUCUGAUUCUGGACCUCCUGAUUAGCUCUUAAUUUAACAAAUAUGUAGUGAGUAAAGAUUGUCAAACUAAUCACAUCUCCAUCUUUGCUCUCUCUCUCUCUCUCUCUCUCUCUCUCUCUCUCUGAUAUAAUUUGGUUUAAUUUAUGAGGCCAAAAGAGAGACCAUGUAAAACCUUACCGAUACUUUCUGCUAUGAUCUUAGAAAGGAUAUUAGAAUUAUACUGAAGUUAUUUCACUCA